UCAACAUCUGUUAGGGCCUCCAUCCCCAGUCUCUGAUGGUUCAUUCUACUAUCAACACAAGUGUCUCCUGUUCCACAUAUGCACUGCCUGUUAAUUUUGGGAUUGGACCCUCCUUUCCUGGUCACCACCCUGUUGUAUUCAACCCACAGGUGGCGCCAAUACAAUCACCGCAAGCGUAUUUUCAUCCAACUGGGCCUCAGUAUGGGCAGCAGAUGCUUCUUGGGCAACGACCUGUGAUAUACUACCAACCAGAAAUGCAAUACAAAGGACGGACUAUUAACCGGUUGCAGUUUGCUGUCAGCAUUUUUGAGAGCCGUGCUGUGCUCGUAAAAAGAAUAAACUUUCAAAAGACUGCUUGGAAACUCGAAACAAAGCCCUAGCUGUCCGUGAAAGAUCGUAUAGGUUGUCUUGGUCACCCCACAUAUUGCAAUUAUAUAAUAUUUACCGUUAUGGAAAUGAUUUUAUAAACCCAUUAUAUCAUUUUCGUUCACAUCCGUGUUUCUGGAUUUCUAGCUUUCUUAAAUAACCUGCACUUUUCUCUGGUGGUUUUUUAAAAUUUGA